GGAAAUACAAAUGUGAUAAGGAGUUUAGGGCCCAACCGCAGUGCUGUAAUAACAUAAAGAGCAGGAGAUCCGGAAGAUUAUUACACACGGAUCCGCUAAAGAAAACUAUCAUUCGUCCGGAUCAGACCCACACCCCCCGGUACCGCCCACAGCUGGGAGCUAUCGGUAAGGGGGGCUCAGGGACUUUUGUGUCAGUCGCUGCAAUGAGAACCAUAAAGACCGAAGCAAAGAGAGGAACCAAUAAUUACGUCCCAGGCAGGUUUGUUUCUCUUAAAGAGCUCUAUGAGGAGUCCGGUAAAUGUGUCCCUAUGGCCCAUGAUGCCUGCUCUGUGUAUCUGGAGGAGUUUGUAAACACAAGGGAAGCGUUCCGCGUCUCCUCUCUGCAGCACGUGACAACUGCGGAAUGUGCGGAACGGAUCCUGCAGUCUCAGCGCUUUUUAGUAAAAGGAGACCUCAGCAGUCACGGAGAAAGUGCUAAUAAAUCCUGGUGGAGCGCAGUGGCCCCAGAAGGGGACUUCAGAUCAUGGCAAAGUGGUAACCUAGAGAAAUGUUUUUUACCGUCUCCAGCAUUCACACCUGAUGUAUCUCGCUAUGGAAAUUUCAAAUUCUCAUUCCCACUGGCAGAGCUUAUUUCUGCCUAUAAAAAGCAGUACUGCGGGGGCGGGGAACCCAAUAUCAGGGUGUAUGGGACAAAGUUGUUCUUGUAUGAGAUUAGUCACGUGGUUCUCAUCCACAGCCCUGAUACCGACCACCUGUUUGAUGACCUCCCACUGGUACCCUCUGUGAAGCGUCAACCUGAUUUACCCACUGACCUGCCCCAAUCUGAUCUACCCACUGACCUGCCUCAACCUAAUCUACCCACUGACCUGCCCCAAUCUGAUUUACCCACUGACCUGCCCCAACCUGAUCUACCCACUGACCUGCCUCAACCUAAUCUACCCACUGACCUGCCCCAAUCUGAUUUACCCACUGACCUGCCCCAAUCUGAUCUACCCACUGACCUGCCUCAACCUAAUCUACCCACUGACCUGCCCCAAUCUGAUCUACCCACUGACCUGCCCCAAUCUGAUCUACCCACUGACCUGCCCCAAUCUGAUCUACCCACUGACCUGCCCCAAUCUGAUCUACCCACUGACCUGCCCCAAUCUGAUCUACCCACUGACCUGCCCCAAUCUGAUCUACCCACUGACCUGCCCCAAUCUGAUCUACCCACUGACCUGCCCCAAUCGGAGCUACCCUAUAUUAAUCCUGUUGUCUAUGAUAAAGAGUCACAUGAGAUAAUUUGGUCACCAGAAUCCAAAGCCACAUCACUGAGAAUCCAGAAUAACCUGGGAACAUGGAAUAGAACCUAUAAAUGUGUGUGGAACCACCUGGAGGUUGUUUUCCAUUUACCUAAAGCCGAGGGCCUGCACUUACCCCUGCACAAUUUGUUGGGUCACCUGUCUACCUGUGAUACCAUUUGUUACCUGCAAAGACCUGACACACAGAAAUCCAAAGCGGAAGCAGAUUCUAUACUGGAAUAUCUCAAGAAGAAAUACACUAAAGCAAUCACAGAGAGUUCGACUGAAAUAAAUAGACGCCCUCUAACAGAGCGUUCACUAAACUGUAUGAGAGACCUAGAGGGAGAGCGUGGAGGAAAAAGAAAAGAGAAAAAGCAUCAUACAGGGGAGUCCAAGAAGUUAAAGAGGUUUUAAUCCAAAGAGGAGUCCUCACACUUGUAGUGCUGCAUCAGUGGGCAUCAAAUACACAGCGCUGGCAGAGCGGGCGCACACUGCACGUUUUAUCGUCUUAUCCGUAGCUCCUCUCCCUGCAACAGAGAUGAUAUUUUAAAAAAAAUUCCGUAUUUUUAACUUUUUAAUGUUUUCUGAUUAUUAGUACAGAUAUAAUUACACUUUUAUUUGAUUACUGGGCUACUUGAUCACACUCGCUAUAUUGGGGUCUAUUCCAAUCCAUUAGAAUAGUUGGGUGAUGCGCUUUGUACAGGUUUUGUUUGUUAUUAAACAGAGACCUCAAUAGUCCAUUUGAAAACCUGGUUAGCACCUGGUUGUCCAACAGCUUCGCAUCUCCCUGUCUUCCCCAUUAAAGUACACAACUAAACUGUUAUCAACAUAAGGAUAAUGUAUGAAUAUGAUACGUUGAGAUAGAGAUAUAUAUAUAUUUAUAAGUACAAAAUACAAAGCGUAAUUGUUUUUCCUUAAAAUGGGCAUUCCAGGGGUGUAUAUGAAAUUGUCUCUCUAACCCCAGUGCAAUUCUGUAAAGAUUUUCGCACUACAGAUCUCACAGUUUUUUUUAUUGGAAACUAAAAUGUGGCAAAACACAGAAGAUAAUUAUAACCCUAAUAGACAAACGCAUGUAUAUGAAAUAUAGGACGUGUAAGACGCUAUACACAGAAAGCAACAUCAUGUGAUUUAGAUUGACUGUAGAAUUUCAUUUUUAAAGUGCCCCCCCCCCCCGCUCACUGCUAACUUUGCUCCAAGGUGUGUUGUCUCUCUUCAGCGAGUUCCAUUACUUUCAAUAGGAGACAUCUCGCCACUCGCAGAGACUGCUAGGGUCAGUGAGAAAAACCACGACUAAGAGGUGUAAUCUACAUUUCUAUAUGUGAGGGUGAGAUGCACAGGAAAUCGCUCAAUAAAGGAAGCGUUAUAAAGUGUUCAAUUUUACAAAUUAUUCUUAAAUUGGGUAAAACAAGUAUUCAAUGUAAACAGUUAAACUUGUACCUAAGUACAAAAAACUAAAUUGUAAACAAGUUGUCAUAAUGCAAAAGGUUCCUUAUAUUCCUACUGUAAACUAAGUCCUGCAGCAAUGGUGAGUGGGCUGAACAGGGGUUUUCCUUGGGUGUAUAUCAAGUUCCCUCACAAUUGGUAUCUAAAUGAUCUAUAUGAAGUAUAUUACACCUGUAGGUUUAUGCUUAUUAAAGUGGAAAAGACAUGUGAAACUAGGAACAAAUGCAACGUAAACUACACUGAAAACAGUGUAAUUUGGUUCAUAUUUGCUUAAGAAAAAAAAUAUUGCUAUCAGUGCCAGGUGCCCCCUUGCCACAUUCACUCCCCCCUGUGAGAAUCUGCAUUCCAGCGAGCAUCAUUAGUUUUAUGGGGAUGAGCUCACAACUCUCCUGGAAUACCUGGUUCACCCCUUUUUUUCCCUAGAUUAUUCCAUGGGGUCUGCCUAUGCGAGGGUUGGCAUGCUGACAUUUGUUGAUUAUCGGGCACUAAGAGCAAAAUGAGUACCAGAGAAUUUGAAGCUGAACCAUGUUUUUCUUAUGAGACAAGGAGGCUAUUAAUUGUAAAGGCAAUAAAAUGUUUUCCUGCCCAUAAAAA